UGGAAUCAAUCUAUAAAAAGACGAAAUUGCCCUCCAGGUAGAAUCAUUCGGGUCCGUACUCCGUUCUUUCUUCUGGGAACAUAAAGAAGGGUUUAAGCCACCGAGAAAACUCUAUUUCAUAUUCAUCAAAAAAAAAAGAAAAAAAGGACUCUCACUGGUCAAUUUCCAGUAUUUGCGGUUGAGUUUGCAGAUAAUAAUAGUGAUGUCGGAGAAAGGAGGGAAACUGUUCACAGCUCCCCAGCCCCAGAAGAGAGGAAGAAAACCUUCCCUCAAAUCCACUAACGGAAAGGAAGCACCAUUAAAGGGGAAGGAUGAUAGCUCAGAAAAGUCAAAGAAAGGAAGGAAAGUUAAGUUUGACACAGGUAGUCCUGAAGUCAAUUUGAACUUCUCGUCUGAAUAUGGUGGGAAUCUUAACACUGACACACCAACCACAUUUCCUAAAGGAAGUUUUGGCCUAGGAGGUAAAGGGGACAAGACUGGUAAGGGUGGCAAGAGCUUUGUGCCAAAACCUUCACGACCACUUGAGCUGAGUGUUGAAGACGAACUACCAAAGGGUGCAAAAUGUCUAAUGGACUGUGAUGCUGCUGAUAUAUUAGAAGGAAUCCAAGAUCGCAUGGUCUUGUUGUCCAAGGAUCCUAGUAUUAAAAUCCCAAAAUCAUUUGACAGUGGACUGCAGUAUGCCAAAAGAGAGAACCAUUACACGAGUUCUCAGUCUGUGAAAGACAUUCUUGACAUGCUGUCAAUAUAUGGGCUGAAGGAGGCCGAGAUAUGCGUAAUUGCCAACAUCUGUCCAGAAACAGCUGAUGAAGUUUUUGCUCUACUUCCAUCUUUGCAGGCUAAGAAAAACAUGCUUCGCGAACCCAUCAAAGAUGUUUUGCUUGAACUGGCUAAGGUUAAGCAGUCUACUCCAACCUUUAGCAUAUAAAGAUCUGUGACUAAUCUUUCAUCGAAGGCCUGGCCCUGGGAGGCGGGGAUGACAUUACAGCAUUGCUAUGGAGCGAUCUUGUUUGGAUCAUACUUGUAAACAAGCGAGCUUCACCUCAGUGGAAUUUUUUUAUCUGUUCUCUUUUUGUGCCCCAGGAUUUGAUGUAAAUGAAACCUUUCUUUCUAGUUAGAAAGAACGUCUUAUCUUUGUUCUUAUUCCACUGCUUCUUUUUUGUGAAUUAAAAGCUGUGGACAUGGUUAAUAAGAAAUGGGUAAGCUGUGUUGUGAAAAGUUUUUUCUAGUAUAAAAUUGAAAGGAUUUAACUUGUUUGGUGCAA